CGGCAUCGCAAUGAACUGGAUAAACUAUACCAGGAAGCUGAACUUAGUGCAGGAAAGCUUGUUGCGGACUCUCUGCGCAGAGACAUGGACAGCUGACUCCGAACCGAAAAGAAUUUCUUGUACAUCAAGCAAAAAACAUUACUGGCAAGAAGACUAACACGUGGAGUGCUACAACCUAUCGCAUGGCUCUUGCGGUCUACGUUGGCUGUCCUUCAGCAUAUAAUGCCCUCAAAGAGCUAGGCAUAAUGCAGCUCCCUAGUGAAAGGUCGCUGAAGGACUUUACAGGCGCAAAGUUAUUUGCACCUGGAGCUGAAGCAUGGGAGAGCCACAUCAAGCAAGAAGCUAGCCGGUACAACACAAUAAAAGAAGAACUGACUUCAGCUCUCACCGGCAGCGCAGCAAAACUAAGGAUUCCUCAGCAGGAAGGCGUGUUAAUUUUUGACGAAGUUAAAGUAAUCGGAAAAAUCAUGUGGAACAGUAAGAGCCAGCAGGUGUACGGCUUGGCUAUGUCGCUGAAUGACCUGAGCAGUCUGCAUGACAUCUACACAACAAUAGACCCAAAAGUGAAAACACAAAAAGCCAAGUACUGUUUGCAGUUUUUGUGGCGAGACUGCACCUCAGAUUUCGACCUUGUUGGGCCAUACUACACGUCGGAAGGUGUCCAGCAACCAUCCCACAUCAUUGCCUGUCUUCAAGACACAAUGCGUCUGCUCCAUAGACAUGGCUUCGUUGUGAACAGUAUUGUGUGCGAUGGUGCAAGUACUAACUUAGCAACCAUUAAGAAUGUGACAGGUGCAGGAAAAGGGCCGUAUGGAAUGAGCGACCAACCCGUACCAAAUCCUCACGAUGUUUCCUCUUGGUUCUGGAAUUGGUUUCAACCGGACAUUCCUGUCUUCUGGAUUAUCUGUCCUUCACAUCAGUUGAAAAACAUGAUCAAUGCUCUUUGGCAAUCCAAGCCGGUCACUGGGCGAAGCAGGGGAUUUGUGACACACCUAGGAGGCCCCGUGUUUGGCUGGGAGGCUGUUGAGGACAUGUGGAAGCGAGAUAAAGAUCGCAGAGCAAGAAAUGUUUCGAGAGAGGUGCCAUCCUUACAGGAGAGCUUUAUCAAAAGGGAUGCCUGGACCAAGUUGAACGUUCGUCCAGCUAAAGUGAUGCAGCAAGAGCAAGUACUGGCAGAACUGGCACACCAUGCGUUAUCAGCAGACAAGCCACAGCCAUCCAAUGCUGCAACUACCAUAAUGACCAGAGACUACCUACAGCCAUGA